AUGAGUCAGUGUUUGAAUGUGGUUGAGGAGCAGGAUAUAAAGUCCGAAGGCAGCGAGGUGAAGGCAGAUUGAGAGAGAGAAGCAGCAACUUUACUCUGAGAACCCAGCCGGCUGAUCCCACACGAGACAGAAUGAAAUCCUUCCUCCUCGCCAUCGCUGCCGUGCAGAUCCUCCACUGCUCAGGAGUGCCAAGCACCAAGGAUGCUCUGAGAUCCUCAGUUGCGAAGCUAAAUGAAAUCACCGAGAUCACCAACCUGUGUGCGAUCACCAGGAGAGGUGCAACAAAUACCUAUCGCACGGGUAACCUAUCAUACAACGUGGAUUUAAUAUUCUCAGUGAAAGAAACGGUUUGCUCUAAGAAUUCUGGACAGGAAUUUGAUGAUCCCAGUUGCACCUUCCUCCCUAAGAACAUUGCUGAGAAAGGGUUUUGUAAAAGCCGCGUGGAAUAUUUUGCUGAUAAAGUGGCUGACGUUGAUGUGGAGUGUGAAGGUCUGAAGACCAUUGACAGUGAGAGUGACUCAACAGAGUCCAAUGAAACCAGUAUUGAGGCUCAAAGCAAAUCAAAUGAGACAUCACUAGAGGAAACCUCAAGUGUGGAAAGCAAGUCAAAAGAAGCUUCUCUGGAAGAUUUGUCAAAUGACAAAUCCAAAUCAACAGAGACAUCACUCGAGGAUCCAGACAAUGUAAAAGACAAAUCAAAAGAGACAUCAAUCGAGGAGACUUCCAAUAUGAAAAGCAAGUCAACAGAAUUAUCUCUGGAGGAGGCUUCAAAUGAGGGAAUGAGGUCUCAAGAGGGAACACCAACCAUGAAUGAAACUCCUGAGAACAUGAACUCAGUGUGAACACAAGAAGACCUCAUUCCAAAUAAACAAAACACUGUCACCUGUACUGUACUUGCUCAUAUACAAGGACAGGGGCCUGGAGCUCCUGAUUGUACAUAUCACUGUAACUGGGAGAUUCUACUGUUUGUAAAUAUUCUGUUCUUUGCUGUAUAUUAUUCUGUAAUA